AUGCAACGCGGCACACAACAGCUGGCGCUUCAAGAGGAGCUGAGGAAGCUGCAGGAGCAGAGCUCCAUCCACCGCCUCUCCGAGCGCAACUGCGUCGAACUCAUCAUGCGCCUCGUCAAACUGGGCAAGCUCACCGAGUACGUCACGCCGGAGCAGCUGGAGAGCGAGAUACGCGACGAGCUGAUGCAGCACGGCGGCAAGGUGGGCGUGCUCAACCUGCCCACGCUACUCAACAUCGAUCUCAACCACAUCGAAGCCCGGCUCGCCGAGAUGCUCAAGCGCGACAAGCGCCUGCAGAUCAUGAACGGUGAGGUCAUGACCAAGUACUACUUGGAUGGCGUGGCGCAGGAGAUCAACGAAGCCCUGGCCGAGUCGGGCCAGAUCAUCCUGACCGAGCUUGCGCCUCGCUUCAGUCUCACUACGGACUUCGUAGUGCAGAUCGUGCAAGAGCGAUUGGGGCGAACCAUCAAGGGCCAGCUGGAGCAGGGCGUGCUCUACACCCACCUCUUCAUCGACCGCUGCAAGGCCCAGAUGCGUGCCGCAUUCUCAGCCAUCACACGGCCCACGCCGAUCUCGCAGAUUGUGUCGACCUAUUCGUUCAACGAGCGCCUGUUCUAUGUGCGGGAGUUGGAAAACACGUAA